UUAUUUAUUUAUUUAUUUUUAUUUGUAAGAUUAAAGCUCAUAGAUCAUGCCGGUGAGAAGUAACUGAAGUUUUCUUUUCUUGAUAUUAUAUAAUAUGUAUAUAUGCAAUAUAUGUGAUAUUUAUAAGGACUGAAGAACUCUGUGAUUCUGCACGAGGCCUCUGGCACAGGUUCUUAUGUAGAUUACAUUUGAUUCCUCUCUCCCCAAUCUUCAUGAUAUUAUCAUGUAACCACACCUAUGAAAUGGAUAGUUGGUACAGUUGUCUAAAAGAGGCAUUAUGAUUUAAGCAAUCUCUACCUGAGUGUUUAGCUGUCUAGCUGGGUGUCAUUUUUACCCUUUAGGGCCCCUUUCACACGACACCACUGGUGGCUGCCACUAGUUACCUCCCGUUGUUUGCAAUGGAGCCUUUCAUACAAGGCCACCACAGUUGCAUGAGCAGGUAAUUACCACUGAUGGUGGUGUGCUCUUGCAACUAGUGGCUGCCACUCACUUUAGGGCAUUGUUUCAAAUGGGAGCUCUUACACAAAGCCAUCAAGUGAUGCUGCUGUUGUCCAUAAUCCCUUUUUUUCAGUGUUAGCCACAUUUUGAAAGGACCAGUCCUUUAUGAUGGAGGGCAAAAGAUUGUGGAGAAGGUGAACAUAGAAUACCUUAUUUGUGAAGUAGAAAAUGCCAAUCUAUUUGGUAUCCAUCCACUGAAGUUUACAGCAAUGAGACUGAGAGGAGGAAUACCUGAGGUUGAAAAGCUCCUCAAGUGAAAGCUUGCUCGGAUGAAAAAAAAUUAAAGAUUUUUCUUCUCAUUAGCACAUAAUUCACUGUAAAGUGUAUGAUGUAGGCUUCUGUCCUUUCUAGGUGAUAGAAUCUGAUACACAUGUAUUUGUCUCUUUUGAAAAUGUCUCCCCUUUUCCUUGUCAGCAAAGCAAAGAGAAGCAGCUCCUCCUUUGAUGCCAUUCUUUCAAUUGACAAGCAUGAGAAAAGAUGGCAAGGGUGAAUGGCAGUCACUGGUUGCUUGCAGUUACCUGACCAUUUCACACUGGUGGUGGCCAAUUGUAGUGCUGUGUGAAAGGGGCCUCAGGAAUGUAAAUAUCUGGGUGUUUUGACUGACACAUCCAGCUAUGCUGACUUCAUGCUAUAUCAUGAUUAAUGAGAGAGAGAGAGAGAGAGAGAGAGAGAGUUGUUAAAUCACUGACUGUCACACAGCUACAUCUCUCUCUCUCUCUCUCUCUCUGGAUAUAACAAAUUUUCAUCUUUAGCAUUGCACCUUUCCACCAUAUGUGUUUGUUAUAUCAAGGGUUUACUGUAAUUUAUGGUAAUUGAAAGAAUAAUCCACACAAAGCCAAAAGACUGAGCUGGUGGGAACAUUGGUAAAAAUCUGCAAAUAUGCAAAACUGUGGAUACUGAACUGUGAAUAUGCAGGGGAACACUGUAUUUUACUUACUUAUUUACUAGUAAUAAAAAUGCAUAGUUAACUUUAGCUCCCCUGUGCAGAUGUUGGUUCUGCUUGGCCUGCAGAAACACCAGGAAGAGGAUACACAGACUGGCCACAACAGUGGUGCCUCUGUGGAAACAUUUUGUGUGGAAGGGGCCUCCAGCCACCCUACCCUUGGAGCAGGCCAGGGUCCUCUUCCAUCAUGUGUUUGCUGCUUUUAUUUUUAACUACAAUGAGGAGUACAUGAGCCAUUCCUUGUCUGUCCUGCAGGCAAGUGGUCACUUGCAGCUGAGGGAAGAGCUCAUGAGCCUCAUAAACUUCCAAGGAGCUUUCCGCAGGCACUUUAUCCUGCUUGCCAAGAAACGCAGGAAGAGAGUGGAAGGCAUAUCACUAAGGUCUCUGAGCCAAACUGCAUCCUACUAUAAGAGGGCCAUUCACUGGAGACAAAAGAGAUUACAGAACUUAUCUGAAGCUGCAACCAUUACUUUAUCUCAGGACCCCAAUCAGGAGACUCAAAAAGAAGGAUUGCAUGACUCAGAAAAAUAUUUUGGUGAUCAUACCAAAUCUAAUGAUAAAAUAGAUGGAAAACAGGAUUCCAUUGAAGGUAAUAAAAAUUCCAAAAGUACAUCUGUAAAAAGCUAAAUCAGGAACACAAAAGAAAAGCAAGCUUCCUCAGAGAAAAGAAUCAGUGCCCCAACCUGCUGCUCUACCCAUGAGAAUCAGAUUAAGCAAUAAGAGAUCAUAUCAAUCAUAUAGCAAAGGCAACACAACAGUGAGCAACAAAACAGUGGUGGAUGCAGAUCAGAAUUGCUUGCCAAAAGACACCAGUAUCAUCUCUUGCUUGACACAUAGAUUUGGCAUUGACAUAAGUGUUGGCAACAAUAGACAGUCUGUUGAUUGUCAAGAGGAAACAGUUCAUGAAGUCCAAGGAGCAGAAGGUUUCCUCCAGCUAGAGGGGGAGAAGAAACAUGGUAGUUGGGAUGAAGCAGACAGCACUUCCAUGCAGGAUAUUGCCAAACACUCAGACACCAGCACUCCUAACAGACCAAGGAGGCAAAGGCAUGGACCAUCAAGCACAUGCAGUUCUGCUACCAUCACCCCAAAAAACACAAGUGGCACUACAAGACGUUCCCGGGUGCCCCAUUACCCUGCAUCGUGGCUCGAAGGAUUGCCCCUCCCAGCCAGUGGCAACAACACCACUAGGAGGACGAGCAAGAAGACUGACACUCAUGAGGCAAAAUUUAAAAUUCCAGAGGCUGUGCUGUCCUGUGCCUCACUAACAAAGAAAACAUCAAGAAAGAGCAAGAAGAUAUUGAUAGACUCUGAGGUGGAAAAUCCUGAUGCAGGAGAGACCGACAUGAUUAAUGACAAAGAGGAAUAUGAAACAAGAUAUGAUUUGUGUGCCUCUUUUACAGAUGGGAUGGAUGAUCUCACCAUUCCCAGAGACACAGAGGUUGCCUUAGAAGUGUUACCUGAGAUGGACAGUUCAUCAGUGACUGAAACUGACAUGAAUGUUUUGGAAAGUGAUGAUCAGCAGUGUGUAGGAGAUAUUCAAUAUGGCACAGACACAGAUAGAUUGAAUGAUAUUCCACCCAAUAAUGAGGACAAAGGGGACAGUUUGGUAAUUAGUGAGAAUGUUUUGAAGAACAACAAGCAUCACUGUGGGUGGAGAUUUUCAAUAUGCCAUUCAAGCAGACUGGUUGAAAGAUCUGCCACUCCCUAAUGUAAGUGCAGGGACUGUUUUAGUAAUGUCACUUGACAGAAAUCACACAUCCAGUCUUAAAACCAAAAAACAUUGUUCAAAAAGAAGGGUCAGUUUUGCAAACCCAGUAGUGGAUAGGAUUAUAAAUUAUAAUUAUUAUGGUACUAGUGAAGAAGAUAGGAAAGAUGGAGGUAAAAGAAAAAAGAGGAAGACAGAGCAAAAGGAAUGUGAGACAAUUCAUCCAACAACCAAGAAAAUGCUGGCAAAAUAAUAGGCAUGAAGAGUAUUAAGAAAAAGCAGUUAAUUUAGUGUGAGUGAGGAGGAUCCAGAAUUCAAAGAAAACAAUCAUGAUAAAGACAGUCCAUAUAAGAUAGAAACAGUUUGGAAUUCUAGUUCAGACUUAACCCUGAUCUCAGAACAUAAACGUGCUGACUCAGACAAACGAGAGUUGGCUUGGCAACGGCAGCAGGCCUAGCAAGAAACAGAAGGUGGAAAGCAGCAGACUUGGCAGUGAGUGUAGCACAUCAGAUCAGAACUUCAGCAUCAUCACUAUCUGCAACCAAAUAGAGAGGCCCAGCAACAUCAGAAUCCCUCUGUGCAGCAUUCCUGGGAGUGACAGCACUGCCUCCACAGAUAAGGAGAUUUAAGUGGAGGUCCAGUUCUAAAGCCAACAUUCUGUGACUGGAGAUGGAGGAGAACUGUGUAUGCCUGUAGCUGGUUGGGAUGACUCUGGUGACCUGAGGCAAAGUGUGGAGUCACCAAAGGUCUCCACCCCACACAGGAGUCUAAGUGCGUGAAAAUGGAAGCAUUUUGAGGAUGAUGAUCGUAAGGAUCAGGCUGUUGACAUUAUUAUUACUGUAGUUUUUGUUGGGCACGAGGAGUGCUUGUAUAAAAGAAAGUGAAUCUUUUCCCCUCUUCCUUACCUCUUUCUAGGAUGCACCUUAUCAUUCUAGAUUCAAAAGAUGUGAUAUUACAACCUCAUUUGAACUAUUUAACAAAUUUUGGUCUGUACAUCCUUGCAUUGCUUUCCAUCUAUUGUCUGUUUAUCGUGUUACAGUUAGUGCAUCUGUAACUAUAGCUUAGACCUUCAUGUUAUGAUGUGGAAGUUAUCAACUAUGAAAAAACUUCAGUGAAAGCAAACAUUUAACAUUUUAUUUUGGGGAUUUCAGUUUGGAAGCACCAAUCAGUCACUAUGAUGUUUUGUUUUCAGCAACUAAAUUACCAUGCUUAGCACCACUGGGCAUCUUAGCCUCCACCUGCCCAGCCAUCCUGCUGUGCCAGCAGCCAUCUGCCAUCCACUUGUGGUGGUAACUGUGUUGCCUUGCAUUACUUCUCAACUUAGACAGUGUUUUUUGUUAUUGAUACACCCCAGUUUAUUUACCAUUUUGAAUUUUUUAAUUACUCUGACAUUUUUUCCAUGCUUCAUGUUCUCAAAUCUUCCAGUUCAUUAAAAAUUUUGAUCUCCAUAAGUGCAGUAAAAUUCAGCUGCAUCAGUUAUAGUUUUGUGAUUUUAACUUUUUUCCCUUGAGUGAUUUUUUGUUUGGCGAGUUUUAGUGGUUCAUGAAGCAAGUGUUACUCAUUGUAUGUGCAGUGUGAGGAGGCAAGGAAGUGCCUCCUUUUGUGAUGCUUCUGUGUGCCAAGGUGUUCUCAUGUCAAUCUCGUGGAGUGUGAUAGCCUGAGUGUUGAGGAGGGAUGAGUCAGGGAUGUGUGAUAGUGCUUCUGCCAAUAUGUCUAAGUUCUACAAAUAUUUAUUUACUUUUGAAGAGAUGUGGGGUGAAGAAAGGAACUGUGUUGUGGUAGAGGUGACCAAGUGUGACACUUUCAGAUGACACAGCUGCAUGGAGGGAAGAGGAAAGGAAGUGAUGGGGAGGAGAAAGGUGGACUGGAUGCUGUGGCUGUGAGAAGAUUCUAUAUUAAAUGUGGGUUGUGUU